GAUAUGGAUAAUUUGUGGCUACGUAAUGCCUCUUAGCAGUUGUUGGAAGCCAUUGAGAGGCUCUGAGACUGAACUCCACAGUGAUGUGAUUGGCUGAGAGCCGUUUAUGGCCUGGUUGUGGGGUUCUUGCAUCCAACAUGUAAAGAACGGCUUACAUGUCCAAACUUGACCCUGCCAGAAGGGUAGCGCAAAAAUAUUCUGAGGUUAAUCAUGGCCUGUGUGCUUGAAUUCUCAUCCUGACUUCCCGCAUAAUAGAGGGUUUAAACAAGCACAUUUCUGAUUCUCUCUUUCUCGCACUAGUAAACCGAGAAGCCCACUGUCCGGCAAUAGCCAGCACAAUCCGAAGUCCUUCUCUUGAAAACAACGUCGCGUAUUCGCUUAUCGUGCGUUCCAAUAAAGCCUUUCUAACAAGAUCAUACGUCAUGAAGUCACACUCGGUCAGCUCUCCUUCAGAGAAAAAGGCUUCCUUACCAACACCAUUGCCUUUUGCUUCCCUCCACUUCACAUCCCCGCCACUUCCAACGCACAAGUCCGAAAAAUUGGCAAUCGUGUCCAACUGAUUCCAUUUCCGGGAACAAACAAUUUGGCAUCAAAGGCUUUGAUCAGUUGGGCUGCUUGUAUCAAGUUCAAUGUCCUCGCCACAUACAUCACUGUUGAUCCCAAAUCCGACAGAAUUCUCACACGUCUGAACCGAGCGUAAAUUUCAUUCCUCUCCAGUGCCGCUACGCUGAGCAAAAAAGUGGCCCUCCCGAAAUGUUCAUGUCAAUCAGAUUCUCCGCCCUACCAAUCAAGUCCUCGAUUUCUUGAGUCUGGUUAGACAUGGCUGUGCCACUUUCCACAACCCUCGUGCCUCCCAUAAGCAGUGGUUCUCUCACAGUGAGACACUCAUCACGGAGACUCACGCAUUGCUUCUGCAUAACCGACAGAGCAUCUCUUUCCCACGAUACGGUCAACAGUAUAAGGCAACUUCUUGUCUCUCCCAGAAAGGGUCACAGGCCCCAGUGUCAAGGCAGACUGCUCCAGAAGUCUCCCACUCUCAACUGCAAGUUUGCAAAGUUUCUUUCGGAACGGUUUCCAUCCCGCCCACAAAAUCAUGCGCACUCCCUCUUAUCGCUGAAUCCAGAAUCCGCAAACCCGAGUCUAUUGCGAGUCUCAACGUACGGAAUUCCACUCCUUCCAUGAUAGCUCCGCAGACAGACCCACAACUUUCUCCCACAUCGUUUUCCUUUCUCCACUUUUAAACAAAACAGGUCUCCAAGCCCUGGCCUGUGCAUCUUCCUUUCCUUCCACUCAUCUUCCAAGUUUUGUUCGCGAGCUCAAUCAGCUCCCCGGUCUUCUUCACCAUUCGGGUCUCACUCGACACCAAAUGAAAGCACCGUUCCUGCAGCGAGAACGCACUCAGACUGACGAUGCUUCUCCCCUCCACAAUUUCCCCAAGGAAGUUCUCCCUGAUCCCCAGCUGCUCCUGCAGAUUCUCCAGUGCAAAAUCAUUGUGCGGCAACGGCUCGAACUCUCUUUCCUCCAGCUUGGUGUUCUGGGCCUCCGUUCUUGA